AUGACUACUGCUCAGGUCCCCCCGAACUUCGUGAGCGGCCACUUCUGGAUGGGUGGCAAAGGAGCUGCCAGCAGCGGCCCCAAUGGCAGUACCAGCCAGGAUGCCGAUACGCCGAAAGCUCUACCUCCCAAUAUGAACCAAGAUUCAUUCGCGAAGUUUGCGAAGAAGAUAACCUCCAUCAUCGGAGACGAGAACUUCCAGGUUAUCACACCGUCAAUGGACUUGGAGAACUACGAGGAUGACGAUUUCGGCCGUAACUGUCGCACACAUGACUACUACCGCUCCUUCGACGACGAGACUGAGCUCGUUGGGUCUUCGUUGUGCCACCCGCGAAACGUUCAGGACAUUCAGGCUAUUCUAGCUGCAUGCAAUGAGUACAAGAUGCCACUUUGGCCCAUUAGCACUGGAAGAAACCUCGCAUAUGGCGGUUCGGCUCCACGUGUUCCGGGCUCCCUUGUCAUGGUUCUCAGCACUCACAUGAAUCGCAUCCUACACGUGGAUACCACGGCAUGCGUCUGCAUCGUCGAGCCUGGUGUCACCUUCAUGCAGAUGAGCGAGUAUCUUCGCGAGCACGACUUGCUGGACAGGAUCCGUGUUGACUCUUCGGGACUGGGCUGGGGGUCCAUGAUUGGCAACGCGUUGGACCGCGGUGGUGGUGCUUCCCUGUACGGUGAUCGCUGGGGAAAGCACAGUGGCAUGGAGGUUGUGCUACCCACUGGUGAAGUUGUCCGCAUGGGUAUGGGCGCUAUCCAAGAUCCAGAGGGACGCAAGCAGGCCGCAGAGGGCGUUCACCCAGCCGAUCAAAAGCUCAACGAGUGCUUCGCUCUGUUCCCAUAUGGAUGGGGCCCCAUGAACGACGGCCUCUUUUCCCAAGGCAACAGUGGCAUCGUCACGAAGAUGGGAUUCUGGUUGAUGCCUGCUCCCCAAGGAAUGACUCCGUUCUCCGUUACUUUCGAGAAGGAGUCGGAUUUGAAGGCACUUGUCGACGCCAUUCAGCCCCUUGACUUAAAUGGAACACUUCAAAGCUCGGUCAGCUUACGCAACCUCACCCUCGAGGCCGCCCACUACGGCCCGCGAUCGAGUUACACCAAUGCCUCACACAAAGAGAUCAUCCCCGAGGAGGACUUCGAGAAGAUGGCCAAGAAACUCAACACCGGCCGGUGGCGCUACAUUGGUGCUGUCUUCGGUUCAGACAAGGUCCGCGAGGCUCUCAUCGACGACAUCAAGCGCGAGAUGACCAAGGUUCCCGGCAGCAAGUGGGCCACCCUCGACGAGAACCCCGACGAGCAGAACUUGGUCCGCGUGCGUGCUACCUACCUGCAGGGUAUCUCUUCUAUGGGAGAGUUUGCCUGGAUGAAGCAGUGGCUACCUAACUGCUCGGUCAUCAUGGUUGCUGCCAUCUCCAGGCUGGAAGGUUCCGCCGUUUGGGAUCAGUAUUCGCGCGCCAAGGAGUUGUUUGCCAAGGCUGGUAUUGACUACAUUAGCCAUUAUGUUGCAUACUUCCGUACCAUGCACAACGUGUGCAUCAUUCCCUACGACCGCAAGGACAAGGACAUGCGUGGCCGGGCCCAGUGGCUGGCACGAACUCUUCUGAAGGAAUGGAAGGAGAACGGAUGGAGUGUCUUCAGGACUCACGUGGGACUCAUGGAUCAAGUUGCGGAUGCGUACGACUUCAAUAAGGGUGCGCUGUGGAAGAUGCAUGAACAAAUUCAUGACACCAUCGAUCCCAAUGGCAUCUUGGCUCCGGGAAGAGGAGGCGUCUGGCCGAGCUCGUACAACAAGGACGAGUGGGUUAUGGGCAAGAAGUACAUCGGCUAG